AUGCUUCGUCUUGUUGGGAUCCUCGUAUAUGCAGCAGUGAGCUCGCUAGCUCAACAGACUGGAGAACAUCCGGACUGGCCGAGAUGGUGUGGCAAGGUCUACAAGUCUGGAUAUCCCAGUUUCAACCCCGGUGGGCAGACCGUCGAGCCUCCUGUAUCUCCAGAUGCGCCUUUGCUCUAUGUACAGCUCAAGCCUCGGUACAGUCUUUAUCUUGAUGGCGAGGCAAAGGGCCAGUUCGUCGUGAAUGCUGGACUGUCUCAGCACUUUGGAGAGCCAUUUCCGAGUUCGAGUGCUUCGCGUCUGGACUUUUCGAUCAAGAUCGCAUCCACAGGUGAGAAAUUGGUCGAAAGCCAUGUUGAUGUUGGUAAGACGGGUGCACUUUUCAGCUUUGACCUGGCAUCGCUCAAGCCACAGCUGGAAGCGCAUGAAGUCACGUUCGAAGGAUCUCUUCAAGGCCAUGCAAGGGGAUACACAGCAACGACGGAGCUGUUCUAUCUGCCAGACAAAAGUAGUGGCAGCGUCACGAAGCUGGAUAAUCUGAAUGGCGGCAUGCUAUUUCGCAAUGGGGCAUCAGGCAACAAAUUCCGGCCAUUGCUCCCCUACGGCUACUACGCUUCGUACGAUGGCUUCCUCGGCAAGAACGACACUGGAGAAAUCCAGAAGUACGCUGACUACGGCCUGAAUGCAAUGACGCCCCUGACGACGUUCCCUGUCUCGACCGAUGCAUUUGCCUACAUGGACAAGAUCGACCUGCCAUGGAUGUACGAUCUCCGAGAUGGCUACAAGAACUUGACUUGGGUGGAAGAAGAGGUUCUCAAGGCGAGAGAUGGCGAAGCCAUCUUUUCGUACUGGAGCGCAGAUGAACCGGACGGGUGGCAAGAUCCUUUCAACAGCACCACGCUUGCUCUCGACACCAUCCGCCGCCUGGAUCCCUACCACCCCGUGGCUGUCGUCCUAAACUGCCAAGACUACUACUUUGGGCCUUAUUCCGCUGGCGCCGACAUCAUCAUGGAGGAUGUCUACCCCAUCGGCACCAACCAGUCCUGGUCCAAGUGGAACACGACGUGCAACACUACGAUCGGCGACUGCGGGUGCGACAAUUGCCGUGACGGUGUCCAUGUCGUGCAGAAUGUCGGCAACCGACUAGACGACCUCAGCAAAUACGAGGAGUGGCUGGGGCGGUGGCCCAAGACCAAGAUACACAACCCCCAGAGCUUCCACGGAGAAGGCUACUGGGCUAGAGAUCCGACCCCGGAGGAGGAGUGGGCGAUGAAUCUCCUGGCUCUCAACCACGGAGCACAAGGAGUCAUCUCUUGGGUGUACCCCGCCGCGGAGAUCUUAUCCCAGGCCCAUGGUAAGCUGGCCAAGGUCAUCACCAAGUCGCCCGUGCUGGACUUUGUCGUGGGUGGCGACCGUCCUCAUCGGGUGAAGGUUAGCGCGAAUGAGGAUGUCGACGUGUCGUUCUGGAAGCUCGGCAAUCGAAUGCUCGUGAGCUUGGUCAACAGUGGGUACUCGGAUGUCAACGGUCCUGUCGAGAUUGCAGUGCCAGAUGCGGCCAGCAUCGAGGCUACGGUCUGGGGGGGCUUGAGCUGGAGUGUGGAAGGUGGCAAGCUCUCUGUUCCUGGUGUGGCAGCCCUCGAGACAGCCAUGGUGAUUGUCAAGCUGUCGUGUGUGAGACGUGGACCACUGAUCUAG